UUCAAGACUUCCAGGGUUUCAGAAGAUGCACUUCUCCCUGGUUGUGUACAGACUAUGGCGAUGAAGGGAGGAGCAGAGAUCUUCUUUGUUCUCUUACUGAACUGUUGGCAAGGCAGAGAGAUUCAUCUUGCCCAGUCCAUCAAAGAUGAUCCGCGCCAGAAGAACCUGAGCCAUAUUGAAUUUUCCUUAAACUCAGACAAGCAAGAAAAACAUUUGGCUAGACUAUUUGAUGACAUUCUGGAGCAAGUGAUUUACAAAAUCCCUUAUGGUAAACCUUUUGAUGAAUCAAGAAGAACAGCUGGCAAAUCAAUUAGAAAGAAAGACAUCCAAAAAAUCACCAGUGUUGCAAGGAAUUCUUCUAAACUAGAAUUUUCCUCUGACAGCAUGAACAGAACUUCCAAUAAUAGUCACAUUUCAGAGGAAACAGAGGAUAAAGAACCUUCUGUGCUUGACAGGAGUACAAAUAAGCAGUUAAUAUCUUUUGAUAAAAAGACACUUCAAGGAGCAACAAAAUCAGAUAUUCGAAAUAGAGACAUACCAUGCGCACAAUUCCUGCAGUUCCUUGAGAAGAACAUCAUCAUUGCUGCUUUGACAGUGGCUGGAAUCCUCGUGGUCACAAUGCUGCUGCUGUUUGUGUUGACUAUACCCACCAGGAAGAAGCGGCCAUUGUAUCCUCCAGCAAACGUGACAUAUAACAUUUUUGUAUUGAAUGGGAAGACUUGGUGGCAAAAGUGUCAGAAAACCGCAAAAAGAUAUGCAGAAAACCAGAAACAGUUGGAGUCUAGCUCCUAAGUUUGAGCCACAUGGUGGGGGCAGUCAAACCAGGAUUUAAAAGCUGCAGUGAAAGGAGAUUCUAGAGCCAAACAUCGUGGAGAGACGGUUGGAUUUCUGGCUCUUGAGAGGCACUCCAUAAAAUCCUCACCAGCUUGCAUCAGUCUUAAACUGACUGAGAACCUCUCCCCCCCCCCCCCCCCCGGUGUUUCUAGAAGUAUGGCACUAAUGAUUAGUGCAGGAGACUCAGCAUAUUUGCCUGAGACAAAGCCUGAUAAGCCAUGGCUGUGUUUAUUUAUUAAAGCAAUGAUUCACUUA